AUCCCAUGCAAAAAAGUCAAUCCUUAACCAAAUUCCAUAAAUCUCUUUUUAAUUGUUUAUGCUGCUUCUUCUUCUUCCAACUAAUAUUCAACUCCUCCCUUCUCAACUCCGGUGUAGGUGGGCCCCAAUGACCGGACCUGAACGCUCCAAACUGCGCUCCAAAUCUAAUUCCGGCGAAAACCUAUCUCAAGCAAAACUCAAAAUUCGCGCCACGAAGUCUAAAUCGAAAUCGAAAUCGAAAUCGAAAGUCCCGUUAUCUCCAGAACAUCCAAUUUCCAACAUUUCUGAGAUUGAUCAACAGAAUUUGGUUAUUCUAGGGCCCGAUUUCUGCUCCGUUGAUGCUCUUGAUCUUGCUCCACUUCUUCUUGGCAAGUACCUUCGUCGUGAUGAUGUUAUACUUCAGAUAACCGAGGUGGAAGCAUACAGGCCGAAUGAUUCAGCAUGCCAUGGUCGCUUUGGCAAUACAGCAAGGACAGCUCCUGUUUUUGGACCAUGUGGGCAUGCGUAUGUGUAUCUCUGCUAUGGUCUUCACAUGAUGCUUAACAUUGUUGCUGAUAAGGAGGGUGUUGGUGCAGCUGUAUUGAUACGUUCUUGUGCUCCUAUUAGCGGUUUGACGACUAUUCAGCAGCGCCGUGGUCAGAUUACCAAUAAGCCUGUUCUCCUCGCAGGGCCAGGAAAGGUUGGCCAAGCACUUGGAUUAUCAACUGAAUGGUCGAAUCAUCCCCUUUAUGUGCCUGGUGGUUUGGAGCUUCUGGAUGGGCCAAAGCCUGAAAAGAUACUGGUUGGUCCCCGUGUUGGCAUCAAUUAUGCUUUGCCCGAGCAUGUAAAUGCUUUAUGGAGAUUUGCUGUUGCAGGUAGCCCAUGGAUAAGUGCCCCAAAGAACACGCUUAGGUUUCCCUGAUAGAAAGAAAAUUCUUUCAACCAUGUAAGAGGUAACCGAAUGAAUGCAAUCUUAGAGGACAAAAAUGGAGCUUACACAUCUCUUGUUUAUUUACUACUGGGAGAAGGAAGGAAAUGUUACGCCUCCCCUCCCCCCCUCCUCCUCCUUUUGUGGUGUUUAGGAAUCCAAAAAAUUUAGCAGUUGAUGAUUUAGCUACUAGCUAGAGCUCAAGUUGAUGUUGUUUUCCUUGUUUCAUUUUCUACUGGAAAUUGGAAAACAAGGAGUCCUCAUCAAUGACAUCAUAUGUACACAGAAAUCAUAUCGUAUUCUUUGCCUUGCGUUUUUACUUGAACAAACCAGAAGCAAAAAUUCUUCAUGCAUUGUUGACAAUAUGGUGGUAAUUAGUACUUUAGUAGUGAUGGUUUUUAACUUCAUUUGAAGUUUUGGAACCCAUGGGUUGCACACACAAGCAAAAUGACAGUAAUAUACGCAGAGGCGAUUUAUUCUAUAAGAAAUUGGUAAUCCCCUG